CGCACUGGGACAGUCCUCAAUCUCCCAUAUAAUUUUUUAUCAGCUACUCAAAUCCAAAUAGAUUAGGAGGGAAGGUUUAUAUAUUUAUAUAUUCAUAUAUUCGCGAUCAUCGGUUGUCAGGGCUCUCGUGCGGAGGAUUCGUCCCGGGAUAUUGAAUGGAAGAGGCAGCUGAAGGGGCGGCAAGCCUGUCUGUUGAGGCCGGGGAUGGGAGUCCGUUAUCCGGGGCAGCAGCAUCCGAGGACUCGGACACUACAUCGAAAAAGGCUUUCAUCACAGAGAUGCCAGGAAGCUCUUCAGGCCAGCCAGCGCACGGGAAGAAGAUCGGACACAGAGGGGUGGACGCAUCUGGAGAGACCACUUACAAGAAGACCACAUCGUCAGCGCUCAAGGGGGCCAUUCAGCUUGGCAUUGGCUACACAGUUGGGAACUUGAGUUCCAAGCCUGAACGGGACGUGCUUAUGCAGGAUUUUUAUGUGGUGGAGAGCAUCUUUUUCCCCAGUGAAGGGAGCAACCUGACGCCAGCCCAUCAUUACCCAGACUUCCGUUUCAAAACGUAUGCUCCCGUGGCCUUUCGUUACUUCAGAGAGCUCUUCGGGAUACGGCCAGAUGACUAUUUGUAUUCGCUCUGUAAUGAACCACUGAUCGAGUUGUCCAAUCCCGGAGCCAGUGGCUCGGUCUUCUACGUCACCAAGGACGAUGAGUUUAUCAUCAAGACAGUAAUGCACAAGGAGGCUGAGUUUUUGCAAAAGCUUCUGCCUGGAUAUUACAUGAACUUGAAUCAGAAUCCUCGCACCUUAUUGCCCAAGUUCUUCGGGCUGUACUGCGUACAAUCGGGUGGGAAGAACAUUCGAAUGGUGGUGAUGAACAAUGUGCUGCCCAGGGUGGUGCAUAUGCACCUUAAAUAUGACUUGAAGGGAUCAACCUAUAAAAGACGGGCCUCCAAGAAAGAGCGGGAAAAGGCAAGGCCCACUUUCAAAGACCUCGAUUUCAUGCAGGAUAUGCCAGACGGGCUCAUGCUGGAUACAGACACUCACAACGCCCUGGUGAAGACACUACAGAGAGACUGUUUGGUACUGGAAAGCUUUAAGAUUAUGGAUUACAGUUUGCUACUGGGAGUUCAUAACAUUGAUCAGGCGGAGAAAGAGCAGCAGAUGGAGGGAUCUCAGGGCAACAGUGAUGAAAAGAGGCCACUGGCACAGAAGGCGCUCUACUCCACUGCCAUGGAGUCCAUUCAGGGAGCGUCUGCCUGUGGAGAAGAAAUCGACACUGAAGACACGAUGGGUGGUAUUCCUGCGGUCAAUGGUAGAGGAGAGCGUCUGUUAUUGUACAUCGGAAUCAUCGACAUCCUGCAGUCUUACAGGUUAAUAAAGAAAUUAGAGCACACAUGGAAGGCUCUAGUCCACGAUGGGGACACAGUGUCUGUUCACAGACCUUCUUUCUAUGCUGACAGAUUCUUCAGAUUCAUGAGCACUACUGUAUUCAGGAAGACUUCCUCGCUGAAAUCCUCUCCGUCGAAAAGGGGUCGUGGGAGUCUGUCUGUGGCCAAAUACAGCGGCCCCGGGGCCGCAUGGUCGGCCAGCCAGCUGUCCUUUGUGAGAGACGAGAACAUCUAUGACCUGAGAGGAACCCGUAGUUUCCCUACACUGGAUGACGAUGGUCGGGCAGAUGUGCUCCCCAGCACCCCUCCUUCAUUUGAGGAGGCCACCACAGCCUCCAUCGCAACCACGCUCUCCUCUACCACUUCUCUGUCUAUCCCAGAACGCUCUCCGUCAGACACGUCUGAAUACCCACGCUACAGGAGACACACCCAGUCUAGUCAUGAAGAAGUAAUGCAGGAUGAGGACCAGCUGACCAUCACAGUGAAGGCGGAAGUGGAGGGACGAUAUGACAGUGAACCCACCCUUGUGACUCCCCAGCCAUCGCCAGAGAUCAGUGAAGCUCCAGAGGUGCUUCCAGAAGCCUUGUCGUGCUUCGUCCCAGCGAGCCCCAGGAUAGUGGUUGAAUCUGACAGUGCCAGUCUGGCCUCGGGUUGCACCAGCCGAGCCUCUGUGGACGAAGACGAAGAUGUGCCAGUUACAGACAUCUGCUUUCCUCCAGAGGACAGGAGCUGGGUGUAUUCUCCCCUGCACUACACCUCAGGGUCAAAGACUCUGCCAGAGGACGAAGGCGAGAGUGAAACAUAAUCAGACCUUGCCAGAGAUCGGCAGCUAUGAGGUUUGGACUCUUCAGAGGCAUCUCAUUAUGGAAGCUCUACUGGCUGUUUCACACCAUGUUUGAGCUGACGACUGCUCCCUUUGGAUUUAUUACUGUCCUCCGUAUCAACUUGAGCUCGAUCAGUUUUAUUGUCUUUUCACCCAUUCCACAAACAAAACCAAGAGAGUAAUACCAAUGUCCAGACAUACUUAUAAUAAUGCAAAUAAUAAAUUAAUUUUCUAAUUUACAUACUGUGAACGUGUUCUCCAGUUCAAGCUUGGGUGACUCAUGACUUAGAGGCUGUUCACACCAAACGUGUUUGUGGUCUUCGAUCGUUGCACCAUUUUUCAGCAUCUUGUGCAGCAUCACCCCAUUUUUUGAUGCCGCUUUAAGUUAAAAAGAACAAACUUUUAACAAAUCCAUCUUGGAACACUGCGUUCUGAUCUAUUUGUUGCUCUGCAUCUAGCUUUUUUAGCACAAGAAUGCGGUCGGUCUGAACGGCACCUUAAGUGCUCCGUUGAACUACUCUGAUUUAUAAUGCACUUCAGAACUUUCCUUACCAGGCAGCAUUGUUCCUUUUAUUAACAUUUUCCACACAAUAAUUUGCUCUGUGAAUUUCCACAGCGAUUCCUCGCAUUAUUGCAAAUGACCCAACAGUUCACUUGAAUAUCUUUCCUUUCUGUUAGUCUUUUAAAGCAGAUUUAAUUUAGUUUUUAAUUAUUUUGAUUCAUCAGAAGCCUUUCAGACUACAGUAACAGCAAUAGUGUUACUUUUAAUUUUAAGUUUGCACUUUCAUAAAUUGGAGUUUAAUGAUAGGUGUGUGAAAUUUGGCAACAACCAAAGUCCCUUAGCUAAAAUGUAUUGGAUUUUCAUUUAGAGAUAAGAACUGAUAUUUGAUUAAUGUUUUGUACAAAUAUAGUUUGCAGAGAGGGCUGUUACAGUCUUAAGAGAAGUUAAAUUUCUAGAUGGGACUUAACUUGUGUGGGAGGCCAAAUAUGUAAAUGUCUUAUAUCACAAUCAUUUCACUAUCAGAAAUGUUCAUAAAUAAGUGUUUCAAAGUGCAAGUUAAAAUAAGUGUAAAUCCAUAUGUAUAGACUUGUGUAUGCAUUUGAGUGGGUUUGUUUUGAGUAAACGUGUAUAAUUUUACGAUGGAAGUGUGCCACACUGAUCCUUAUAAUGUGCCGUGGCCAGUUGCUAUUGAAUCUUAAAUUAAGGGACUACAGCAGCAAUACAUUUGUAAAGUGUAGCACACAUAUUUUGGUUGCCUUAAAUUUUUGCCAACAUAAAUCCUGUUGUAAUUAAAAUAUUCAGAUUUUUUUCUGGUUCACCAAUGACAGUGUCCUAGAUAAUUUGUAUAUAUCUAUAAAUACAUAUAAAUAUAUAUUUUAAAUCUUUUAUUUUGCACAAGUGGUUUGGGAAAGGAAAACCCAAGCAUUCUUCCAGAGUCAAGGACAUGCAACAUAUCUUGUGUUAAGUCUAGGCUGUUUCUUUGUAUCACGUGUAAAUCUUACAGUUUGGAUUUUAAAUAGAUCUAUACAGUCUUAAGACAUACAACUGUAUUAAUCACUCUACCAAGAGUUGAGCCAUUUGUGUGUGGUCAAAAAGAUGUGUGCCCCACAAUAGCAAAAGGAGCAUGAUAUAAUGUGAAAAUGUCCAUUUACAUUGAUGUACAGCAUAUCAAUCUUUGCAAAAAGAACACAGAAGGACUGAUACGUGUAUAUUUGUUCAAACCCCUAUAAUAAAUAUAAACAACUCUUGUCUCAGUUUUUUUAUUUUGUUAAUUUCAGUCAGAUUAUCCUGACAAAUGUUGAUUGCGAAAAAGCUAAACUGUGACUAACAAAAAAAACUGACAGAACUGGAAAUACUGAAAAAGAAAAAAGUAAUUGCUCCAAAUCAAACACUAAACGUAACCAUUCAUUUGUCUGAUACAGUUAGUUUUAAAUGUAAAAAGUUUUAAACAUGCCUUAAAAUAAGAACAGAACAAGAUAAAACAAACAAAAAGUUAAAGCUAUCAAAACUUGAGCAAUUGAAUCAACUGCUUCACAAAAUGAUUUGCCAUUUCAAAGGGCUUGAAACACAGCAUGCCAAUGAUUUCUGCUGGUUAUAGACAUGUAAAUGUAAUGGGAAGACCUUAAAAAUAGCUACAAUGACAAAGCGUUGUAAAUUUAUCUACUGCCAUAUAUUUUUCUGCCAAUAUUUCAUGUCAAACCGCAAAUUUCCCCGAAAUUGUAUGACAUAACGAAGCAUUGUUUGCCGAAAUCACGAGACUUAGCCAGUUUGACAUGCACUCUGAACCACUGGUUCAAAACAAAAAGAUUUAUAAAGGUGUUUUGAAUGCGCCCACUGCCAACACAACAUGGGAAUUACGCUGACUAGGCUAUAUCCUAGUGUGGUCAUGGCCACCACAUACAAAAGCUGUAAACUGUUAAACACUUAUGGGAUUCAACCAAUUCUGACAUCUGCUGCAAUAUUCAUACUUCCACCACUGUAGUUAAAUUUUUUUGCUUAGAAAUUACAAACAUUUUCUAGCAAACGUGAACACUUGUUGAUUGGUUGCAAUUACUUUUAUAUUUGAAAUGUACAUAAUUUACUAAGGAAUUUUAAUUGCUCCAAGAGGGUUGUGGGCCAAAAUAAAUGGCAUUUAGUGCCCAUUUUAACAUUUCAGUGGAAAACUAUUUCCAGCGACAGGCCAGUUCUGUUAAAAUGAAUGGGAGAAAAGAGCCAAUCACCAUUUAGAUACAGACAUCUGUUAACUCGAGAACGCACAUGCGCAUCAGCUAUACAAGCCAGGAAAUUUUUUUUAGCAUAAUUUCAUUCUUACCCCAUUCAUGUAGAUAGCAGCACUUGUAUGCCACUUGCUGACAUAGAAACUAGCUACCUGGGGCGGUCCAUAUAUGAGUGGACCGACUACUUUGCUAUGUUAAGAAGUUGAUCAAGCCUUAAACUACA